CGCUCGCUCAGUACCACGCAGCCUCUUGUGGCGUACACAUCGGAGCGUUGUACGCCCUAUAUCGAUACGUUCUUACACGAAUAAUUUUCGUAUGGAGUGCAGUGUGUGUUCAGAAUAGUGCGCUUGUUUUAUGAACGAAUGCUUUUCGGACUUUUGAUCAUGUCCUAAAAAUGUGAGCGGCGAGGGUCAUGUGUCAUCGCCUGUGAUGUCUCUAAUAUGCAGUGGGGCGGCCUCUACUUCGUGUGUUUAGCAUUGUGUUGUUUGCAUACUGCAUCAGAGCCAUUGCGCUUCCCAGAAGACUACCAAACAAAUGUACGACACAGAAGAGACGAGAAGGACAGCCUCGCGCUGUCCAGGGAAAUAUUCAAGAACAUCACGAAGCAACUCCGAGAGAACAUCAAGCGCGAAGGCGCCACCGACAGGAACGAUCAUUUAUUACAGAGCAAGGUAGAAGAAUCGCGACCUUACGUGCCGUACCAAAGUUAUCUUGACCAUCACCACGAGCACCACUGGGGCCCGUACUUCGAAGAAGAUGCAUUCACCCAAGUUACAGCGCACGUCGGAGCGGAGGCAUUGUUGAAUUGCCGAGUUGUGAUGCUGAAAGAUAAAACGGUGAUGUGGAUGCGAAACACCACAGAAUCAGCCCAAAUACUACUCACAGUUGGUCCAGAGAGACACACGGGUGACAGUCGGAUUACCAUGAAGUUCCAGUAUCCGAACAACUGGAGACUGAGCAUGAACCCUGUGAAGAGAUCCGACGCCGGCCAUUACAUGUGCCAAAUAUCUACUCACCCACCUAGAACUGUUUUUACAAAUUUAACUGUAUUGCCUCCCGUAAUUACCAUAAACGGUGACCAAAGCCAUGAUAUGAAAGACAGAUUCUACAAAGCGGGAAGUGCAAUAAAAUUAUCCUGUAUCAUAUCAGAAGAAUAUGCUUCAACUCUAUCCACUAAAGCCCCAAUAACCACACCGGCUCCCACCACAACCCCAGCAACCACAACUACAGAACUCACUACAAAAAUGAGUACGUUAUUCAAUAGAAUAGAUAUAAUGAUGAAUAAAAGUUGGAGUGUAGAGACUACAACGCUCACUUCGACUGUUAGUAUAAGUACUACAACUUCGAAGCCUAAAGCUAAGACUACAACUGAAUUAACUACAGUGAUGCCGACCACGCCACCGGUCGAAAAUAAUAUUUAUGGAAUAAUGUGGAAGAAGCAGGGGAAGGAUUUUUUUGAUAACGUUACUUUUCGCAAUUUGAGCGCGACCAUCAGCGUGUCGUCGGCGUCGCAGAACGACAGCGGCACUUACACCUGCCACCUGCAGAAUCAUUCUCAGGUCACGAUCAACGUGCAUGUGUUGAUUGGCGAGAACCAAGCUGCUGUGCACCACGACACAUGGAACAAAGGGACACUUUUCUGGCAACCGCAGGCAUUUAUUUUAAUAUCUAUAGCCGCUAUCAUUUUGUUUUAUCCUUGAAUAUUGUAAUAUAGUACGCGCAUUAGGUUUUUGAAAGGAACACUAAAAAUAAUCAAAGUCGAGGGAUAAUCAUCUGUCGUCGCUCAAUAUACUAUGUAAACACCACUCCAUUUACCAUCAGGUGCAUAAGGUUCACUUUUCCGUGUCUGUGUAGCAAACGAACUUGCUAUAUAUAUGAAUGCAUUACGAAUUGUGUAUGUAAUGUGAUUUUCCUUAUUUUUUUAUACGUACGAGUAAAAAAUAUCACACGUAUAAAACACGUAUAAAAGGGACACAAACGUGAUGGGACGUGGUCUUUAUUAACAGCGCGCGUCAAAUAACAUCCGGUACAACGUUUGCCGGUCAUAAUAUAACCUAUAUUUUUCUUGUUAUGGAAAUUUCAGAAUAAGAAAAAUCUGUUUAUAUUAUACAAUAUGUAAUGUAUAUAGGGCAGGCUUCAUCAUCAUCAGCUCGUUGUAGUCCACUGCUGGACGUAAACCUCUCCCAAGGUAUGCCAUAGAACCCGGUCUGCUGCUUUAUGCUUCGUUACCGACCCUUUUGUGUAAGUCGUCUCGCCAUCUGACCAGAGGGCAGGCUUAAGGCUGUUUUAAACGACGACAUUCAGACACGAGAAGAACGAUGCUGAAGACAAAUAUUUUAGUAUCGUAAAUUUUUUAGUGUCCUUGAAAUUUCUAAAUUGUUACGUAAAUUAAAGAAAACAUCACUGCGUAAUUAGUCCCGUGUAUUUGAAUCACGGUUAUAUUUUUUACGAUAAAUCUACAUACCAUCAAAAUUUUCCCAUAAGUAGACAUUAGGGCUUCAAGCGAAUUUGACCUUUAAAAACAUUGUGCGCGUUCUGUAACAAAUACAAUACUUCCGUACUUGUAAGCCUGCGGAAUUGAUUCCUUUUGGUGUCGGCUUAGGACGAGUUUAUACAUAGAGCAAACCUUGAGACAUUCGACCAUGAAACUUAGGUGUAAUGUAAAUUACGAAUUAAUCCGUGCAUGACAUAUAGCUGUAUAUAGGCAUGGAUUUACUAUUUCUAUGAAACUUACUGUGUUUUUUAUGAAACUGUGUUAUAAAGGUUAUUUUUAUGUUGAAUAAAUUUCUUCAUAAAUGGAAAAUAUAUUACUUAUUUAUGUUGAGAAAACUAAGGAUGUAUUUUCUUCUAAAUAAUGUUGUUGAUUUGCUCAAUAGAAAUGUUCGUUUUUAUUUAUGCAUAUAUUGUUUUGCAUAAAAUCUAUAUUAAGGAAUUGGUAGUUAAAUAGUAAUUUCGUUAAUAUGAUCAUAUACUCUUCAUAAAUAAUAUUUAUGUCCUUAAUAAGUCGAAACCUUUCAUAAAAUUAUUCAGUUAUUCAAAAGUUUGUUAGAUCUCAUAAAGAAGAAAUUUUAAGUAAUCUCUUAAAUGUUUUAGUCCAUCUAUACAAUAAUCACAGCAUAAUCUCUGCCAAUAUUAUCGCGUAUAAAGUAUUUUUAGCUUUAAGCUACAUUUACAAUAGUAAUAAGACAUGUAGAAUGUAAAUAAACAAUACCAUUCCAUUAAUCGUUUUACUUUAAAAGUAAUAUAAUCAUUAAAAUAAGGCGUCGCACAGACGAUGCCAACCUUUGUCAAGAAACACUUAACAACUAUAACAUUGUGAGUGACUGAAUUUGCUUGCUUUUAUAGUAGAAUAGUGUUUCUCGGGAAUAGGUUUAAGCGUCUGUGCGGACCCUUAUAGUCGAAUACCCUAAGUCGAUAUUACAAUACAAAAUGUACAGUAAGUGAUUUCUUAUUGUAAGUUUAUAGGUAAUUUCUCUUGUUUGUAAUAUAAAUAGAUGUAAGCUAUAAGGGCGAAGCCAAAUAGCAAUUAAUCUUUUAAGAUAUUUUAUAUGUUGUUGCACAUUUUUGUUAAUAAUACACAAAACUUUCAUCUGUAAACAGACAAAGACUAUGUUAAAUGACUGUAAAACUAAAUAAAGUAAAUAUAAAUAUUAUUAAAACUAA